GUGCAGCGUGACCGCUGGCGGUGCCAAGCACGGAUGACAAGGCGUUUUCUAAAAGCACUGUGACCCCACUCGAGCCCACUCUACUUUAUAAAAGGCAACGCCUGGACCGCCAUUAGCUUGUAGCGUUUAGAGCACUCACAGGCAUGUUUUAUAUUCUUGGAAAUUGCUCGAGAAGCUAAAGCGAGCGAUGUCUUCGCUUCUCUCGGCGCCAUGCCUGCAUGUGUUCCCGCGGAGGCUGGCACCAGUGAUCGGCGCUGUAUUCCGCAGCUCAUCCUCGCAGAAGCGGUCCGUGGACCUACCGGACUUUAACACGGAUGUGGACGUGCACACCCACCGCCUGAAGCGGCCCGAGCGGCCGCCACCCUCCCCAGCUCGGCACCGCUGGGUCGGUCUGGAGGGUCUUCGAGAGAGGACCGAGUUGCAGUCAUCGCCAAUGAUAUUUUCCCUACUGCCACUUCUAGGUGGGGCACCGGAACUGAACCCGCAGUUCCGUUACCUGGCAGCAGGGGGCAGUGCUUUAGGGAAGAAGGUGCUAGACAGGUGUAACCUUACUGUGUUGCUGGAGCCUGGACAGGAAGAUUUACCUGACUUCUUAACUCAGCACCGUGUCAGCGUGGUGGCCUCUCUACCUUGCUACAGUGCUAAGAAUGUGAACAUGCAGCGAGGUAAGGGUGUGUUUGACAAAAGUAUCCAGGCACUGCUCCUGCUGAACCAGCGGGGAUACGGCAAGCCUGGCACUGGUCUGGAGCUGGACCUGGUCUACAACCCUCUGGGAGGUUUCCUCCCUCCUCCGCAACAUGAGCUGGAGGACAAGUACCGACAGGAAUUGUGGGAUACCUUUGGGAUUGAGUUCAACAAGCUCUACACGGUCACCAACAUGCCGAUCAAGAGAUUUGCUGACUUCCUGUACAGGAGGAAUGAGCUCCAGGACUACAUGAACUUGUUAGUGGGGAACUUCAACCCGAUGUCAGUGAAGGGCCUGAUGUGCCGUAACCUGCUGAGUGUGAACUGGGACGGACGGCUGUAUGACUGUGACUUUAACCAGCAGCUGGACCUCACCAUUCCCAGGACAAGGCUAGGUCUCUCUGCAAAGAAGCCCACAAAAGAAGGACCUUCUGCCAUGCACCCUGACCUGAAGACCAAGGGACUGUCAGUUUAUGACAUCACCAGUACGGACGACCUCUUGGGGUCAAGGGUCGUAACAGACAACCACUGCUACGGCUGUACGGCAGGCAUGGGGUCCAGCUGACAGGGGAGCACCGUCUCUUAGAGGGGACAUUUAACUUCCCAGGGGCUGGAACUUCUAGAGCAAGGGUACAUUCUCUACAUUUUUUUGGUAAAGCUUCAGGGGCUGAGGAAUUUGUACAGUGUGCCUGAUGACUUGAGAGUUGGAAUCUUGUUGUCAUGUAGAAUUUUUUUUUUUAGAUGGGAAAUGUAUUUUGCUCAGGUAUCUUUGACCCAAGGAUGACAUGUCUGUCUGAAACUCCUGCUGGGAGGACAGAUGUUGAUGGUUGAGUCAGGAUAAAGUGAGUUUCUGGAAAGGUUUGAAGCAAGAAAAUAAAGAUCACUCUAUCUAUAGUGGUGUUUACAAUGUGUUAUUCUCACAUUUAUACUGCUUCUUAUUUUUUACAUUGUUUCAUUUUCAUUAUGGAUUCCCACAAGUCACCAUGUCAGUAUUUGGGAGAAUAGUAAAGAUUCUAGAUCUUGUGCGAAAACCUUCGUUUGUGAAAUUGUAACCAUGACGUUUUUAAAACAUCACUGUGCCUAUAAAUUUGAAUAAGUUAGAUACUAUUAGAUUUAUGGAAAAAAAUACCGUCUUGUUGACAACCUAUUGAUGCAAUUUUGCAGAAAGGUGAAUCACUCGAUUACAUACUGAAUAAGUUUAAUAAAUAUAUGUUAACUGCAAUAGAUAGGAAGAUUUGAUGAAGUGUGGAAAAAAUGAACCCAACGAAGAGUUUUUACGUCCAGUGUUCUAGACCCCUGUUGAUGGGCUAAUGCUCCUGUUUGAAAUUUUAGAAAAAAAAAGUUCUAUUGCCAUACUACAUGUAGUUAUACAAGUUGUUAUAUAAGUUGUUAGCACAGAAGAAUGGGAAAGAUGAAUUCUACAAAAUGUCAUUGUGGUGAAGUCUUAUGUAUCUUUUAAUUUACACAAAGAAACAUCAUUAUGCAUGUAUAUAUAUAUAACCUUUCCAAUAAGAUGGUUUAUGAUCAGUGCCAAACAAAAUAUGCAAGCUGUAAAUGUGGGUAGGUAUCAAUUUUUUUUUAAAAUGACAACCAGUUUGCUUAUUUAUGAGACCAGUAUGCUCAAAAGUUUUUUUUUCAGUUUCAGUUGAUACCAACUUCCUACAUUUGAUUUUAUAUCUUACUUUAUUUCUGAUAUGUACAAUUUUUGUCAAACAUUGUUUCAAUGAACCCUUUACAGCUAUGCAAUAAAAGCAAUUAUAGCUACCUGA